AUAAAAACAAGAUAUUUGUCAAAUUCAACAGCAUUUUUCAUAGUAAAUAUAACGGAGAAAGUUAUGAUGUAGAAUUUCAUUAUAACAGAAUGAUCAUGAGAAGAUAUCAUCACGCUAUUGAAGAGGCAUUAAACCUUCCUGAAAAUGUUCUCUUUCCAAGUAAAAUAGUCUGUAAAACACCUCAAGUUCAUCUUUUAGAAACUGAGGCAUCAACACCUGCAACUUCUUGUACACAGAAAGGAGAAUUGGAAAAGAAGGAAUAUAAAAAUAUAAAUUCCAUUCAUCGUAACGGUAACAUCACAUUCUGCUGUCCCGUGGUAAAGAUGGAAGUCCAGUUGCCAAAUAACAGAAAGUCGGUGACAAUUAAGUGGCAUAACAAGUCUCUGAACGAUCGACAGAAAAUUGCAGUGAAAAGAGUGUUGGACGGAACUUGCCGACCCAUGCCUUACGUUAUAUUUGGACCUCCGGGAACGGGUAAAACAAAGACUGUUGUAGAAUGUAUUGUUCAAAUAUUCAGCCGUGUGAAGUCUAGUAGAAUUUUAGUCUGUACUCCGUCAAAUAGUGCUGCAGAUGUAAUCGUACAACGUCUGGUGGAAAGUAAGUUAUUUGCUGAAGCCGACCUCGUUAGACUCAAUGCCUUCCAUAAUUCCAAAAAGGUUAUGCCAGACGACGUUAAGCCAUUCUGUAAAGACGUAGACAAAAUGUCUUUGAUUUCUAGUCAUCGUAUUAUCGUUUGUACUUGUGUAACUGCUGGAAAAUUUUAUAGUCUAGGUUUGACAGUAGACCAUUUCACUCAUUUGUUUUUAGAUGAGGCCGGACAGGCUACCGAACCAGAAUCGAUGUUAGCGAUUGAAUUAGUUGCAACAGGCAACGGACAGGUUGUCCUAGCUGGAGAUCCUCAACAGCUCGGACCGGUCGUACACUCCUACAACUCUAAAGAAAAUGGACUUAAGGUUUCAUUUCUAGAAAGGAUAAUGGCUCUGCCUCUGUAUCAGAGAAAUCCAGAAAAGUAUCGACAAGGAAACUAUAAUCCAUUACUAAUAACUAAACUAGUAGAAAAUUAUAGAUCCCAUUCUUGCAUUAUUUCGUUAUCAUCGCAAAUUUUCUACGACUCCGAACUCGUCUGUUCUGCCCCCAAAAGUUUACGGGACACGUUUUGCAAGUGGGAAGGAUUACCAAACAGGUCGUUUCCUAUGAUAUUCUGCGGAGUCAGGGGUGAAAAUCUUUGGGAUAGCGACAGUCCUUCUUGGUUUAAUCUGUACGAGGUCCAGCAAAUAAUUAAAUAUUUAAAAAGUUUAUAUGCUUUGGGAAUUUCGCCCAACGACAUCGGUAUCAUCACUCCAUAUCGCAAACAGGUGGGGAAAAUCAAACAUAUGAUAAACAUGAAUCGAAUUGAAAUGUGCCAAGUGGGUUCUGUAGAAGAAUUUCAAGGCCAGGAGAGAUUGGUUAUAAUUAUUUCUACGGUUCGAAGUUCUAAAGAUCAGCUGAACGCCAGACGCAACUUAGGUUUCCUGACCGAUCCGAAAAGGUUUAAUGUCGCAAUUACCAGAGCACAAGCCCUGCUCAUCGUGAUUGGAGAUCCUUAUCUCCUGUGUCACGAUAAACACUGGAGGAAAUUAAUCAGUUAUUGUUUGAAUCAGAAAUCGUACUGUGGAUCGGCAAUCUCCCUGGCAAAAAUACAAGAUUUGUCUUCAGAAGAAUAAUGAACUGUAGAACUAUAGUGUUUUAAUGCUCAUUCUAGAUGUACAGUUUUAUCUGUAAAUAAUGAUUUUAGUCUACCUUUUAUAUAAUGUGCAUAUGUAAACAAAUGAACUGAAUGAAUGUGUAUUUUUAAUACAUUUAUAUGGAUUUAGCAGUGAAAUAUAAAUUUGUUUUUUACCUUAACGAGGUGAUUACAGGCGAUAUAUGAUUUGGAUGCAAUGAGGUGAUACAACAUUUUCCUUUAGAAGAAUAAUGAACUAUAGGACUAUAGUUUUUUAUUAAUUAAUAUUGUUGAUUUUAGUUGUACAGUUUUAUCUGUAAAUAAUGAUUUUAGUUUAACUUUUUUAUAAUGUGCAUAUGUAAAUUUUGUAAAAAUCAUGUAGUCAAAUGAACUGAAUGAGUAUGUAUUUUUAAUACAUUUAUAUGUAUUGAUCAGUGAAAUAUAAAUUUGUUUUAUAUCUGUAAUGAGGUGAUU